UGUCUCUUCAAGGGAAGUGUGACUUAUGAAAUGAAUCAUAAUAUUACAGAUUACAACAAGGGUUUGAAAAACAAUGUAGCUUGUGUUUUUGGUAAAAGGUGGUUUAUUUCAUGGCUGUGUCCACUAAUUCCUUCAGAGUUACCUAAUGAUGGUGUAAAUUGGGAAACUAUCGAUGAUGAAAGUGACAAGAACAGGUAUAACUGCAACUAUGGUGACUCAAACUUACAACUGCCCAAGAACAAUAAGUCUUGACACCUAGCAUGUUGUGAUUCCAAGUUGAACAGGCUUACUAUUUAUAGAGUGAGAGAAAAAUACGAUACUAUUUUGAAAAGUAUAUAUUAAUUUCUGAAAAUAUAUAAAGUUAUUUCAUCAUUCUUUUGUAAUAUGGAAAUAUUUAUUUCACUAUUCAUACUAUUGAUGCAGUUUGAGUUGGAUUGUAUCUGUGUUCUUUAAACCUCCCCAAAUCUUCUGUAUAAAUAA